CCCGUCUGGCGGGUUGCGAAAAUUUAGUCAUCGAGCGACAUUUGUCGUGUAAAGGUCGUGUUGUCUCUCCUUUGUGGUUCCUUUUCGUGAUUUCCUCCAAAAGCUCCUAUCGUGUGGAAAUGGCACCGAAAAACCUUUGAAAUAGCUAUUAUUUAAAUACCGUGGAAUGUAUUGAGUCAAUUUCCACAGAGAUUGUGCAAAUUUCUUCAAUAAUGAAAAAUCUCAUUUGCUGGAUUCUUCUCGCAGCCAUAUUGGUUCACAAGGGAUUUUCCGUGACAAAUAUAACUGAGGCCCCAGACGAUGAGGAUGAUGAUGAUUGGGAUGACGAAGAUGAUUCGUCGGAGGCUGACGAUGACGGGAGGGUGUACAAAAAUCCACGAAAUUCACCAUCCACAGAAUGCCCCCGUGAUGAAGAACAAGCUACACUUCUCAAACAGAAAUGCUUAAGAAAAUGCUCUUCCGACGAAGAUUGCAAGAGCAAGAAAAAGAAAUGCCUCUGUGCAGGAGCAUGUGGCAUGUCCUGCAUUAAACCUGAUCGAGAAUGUCCAGAAUUAGAGAAGCCUGAAUUAGGAGAGAUUAAUUAUUCGGGACGCCUCUUCGGUUCACGGGCUACAUACACUUGUCAACAUGGAUUCCAUGUCGUUGGACUGCAGAGUCGACUAUGUCUUGCCGAUGGAACUUGGGCUGGAGAAGAACCGGCCUGCAAAAAGAAUAUCUACUGUUUGACACCUCCAACGAUUGAACAUGCUCGUCACUCUGCCCUACCGGAACAGGCUACCUUUGACUUAGAUGCUACAGUGCAGUACAACUGCCAUAUCGGAUAUGUUACCAAUGGGUUUCCCCGUGCUAAGUGUCUUGCAAUAGAUGGACAUGCCAAUUGGUAUGGUCCUGAUAUCUCAUGUGAGCCUCAAAGUUGUGGUCAACCCCCCGAUCCUCUAAAUGGCUUCCAUUCUGGCGAAUGUUACACUUUUGGAUGUUUAAUCCGAUAUCACUGUAGCGAAGGAUACGAAUUGGUUGGAAAAGCUGAACGUCAUUGCGAUUCAAAUGGUUCAUGGACACCACAAUUGGUGCCCAACUGCGUUUUGGUUACAUCGGUUCAAUGUCCUCCACCUGAGAAUCCUAAGAAUGGUCGCGCCAUUUAUACCAGUUGCUCUUACAACUCAAUUUCGAGUUACGAAUGUAAAUAUGGAUACACACUGAUUGGCGAUAGCUCCAGAAGAUGUGGUGCAGAUAAAAAAUGGUCUGGAACACUUCCAAUUUGCAAAGAAAUUAACUGUGAACACCCAGGAGUGCUCUAUAAUGGUUGGCUUGAAAAUAUAGAAACUGGAACAGGUUUAGGUGCCAGCAUAAUAUUUAGAUGCCAACCAGGAAUGCUUCUCAAGGGACAUUCUUCAACAGUUUGUCAGAUAGAUGGCCGCUGGAGAUAUCCAGUUCCUCAAUGUUUAGCACCAUGUGUUGUGCCCACCAUAUCUCAGGGUAUAGUAAUUCCCAAUGAAAAUGAAUAUGAUUUUAAUGGAACGACACUAGCAACACCUGGAAUUGGAAGCAUAUCCAAAGUACAGCACGGUACAAUUCUCGAAGUGAUGUGUGAUGAACAUUAUGAAUUUCCCAUUUCUUCGCUUUCGCCGCCUAUUUGCAAUAAUGGUACUUGGAGUGUAAUUCCAAGAUGUGUCCCUGCACGAUGCAAGAAUAUGCCUAAACCACCUAAAAAUGGGAUGGUUCUUGCACCAAAAACUGAGCAUGGCAUGAAGGCGCGUUUCAAAUGCAAAGACGGAUUUAAUUUAACGGGACCGGGUGGAAAAGAAAUUACAGAUCCUAAUGAAUAUGUCUUGACGUGUUCAUUUGGUAACUGGACUGGAAUUACACCGGCUUGUCAGGAAGUAUAUUGCUCUUUCCCAGGUUAUAUAUCCAAUGGAAAAGUGCUCCUUGUAGGAAAUAUGGGGCUCUAUGACUAUAGGCCAUAUGUGCGAAAGAUCAUUAACAACAAGCAAAUUAUGUAUGAUUGUGAUAAAGGCUAUGUCUUAAGUGAAGGUCCUGUAGGUGCAACGUGCAUAGGGGGUCUUUGGCGUCCUACAGAAUUACCAAGCUGUCUACUGGGUCAACACCCACGAUUGCGAUGGAACCGGAAACGUCGCUCAGCAUCAAUGUCAUUUAAAUACAAUAGAUAUCUUAGCUGGGUUAAGGAUUAUCUCAAUCGCCUUGCUUUUGAUGACAUUGAGAAGGGAAAAAAUCGCUUCAACACAAAAAAUGCUGAGAGAAAAGAUAUUUAUCCUUUAACUUAUUAUCGAAAUAUCGAUAAUUACACAUCACUUCCUGUUUUCCCUACUAGUCACACAAGAGAAAAGCGACAAUUGUCUGAUAUAGAAAGAGCGUAUUCUAAAUACUAUCAAAAGAUCAAAGAGAAGUACAAAAAUUAUGUAAAACAUUUGUUGGGAUAUAGUAAUGCAAAGCAUUCCAAUAAUUCACUGCCCAACAGAAGUCGCACUACAUCUAAAGAUCGGAUUCAAGGGCAAGACAGACACUGGCUAAAUACUUACAAUAAUCCAGAAAUGUGGUCAAGAUACAGAGCUACUCAUAAAUCCCGUACUGGUGGGCAUGAGAAUAUAAGUCAAGAUGAUAGUACUAAAGUCAUAAUUCCCGAUAUUAAUGAUAGUAGAGAUUCGAGUGAAGAAUUUCAAUUAAAGGUAAAUGAAUUGUUAAACCAAGAGCCUGAAUACCUUCCACCGAACAAACUCCGAAAAUACGAUCAAGAAGCAUUAAAAAACUAUCGACAUAAAUUGGAAGAAAUUUCAAGCUUACAGCUUCACCAUAUUGUGAAAAAUUCAACAGAUUCUGAUCUUCCCAGUAUAAUUGCUCAAUUAAAAUCUGAAAUAGUACGAAAAAAACGAGCUAUUCACGAUGCACGAACUAAUUUCACAACCGAUAAAAUAUUAAAUGAUGAGCACGGAAAUGAUACCAUAAGCGGUAAAAAAAAUCGUUUAAGGAUACCAUGUGAACCACUAACUCCGGAAAUAUUUUCAAGUAUUGAAAUUGUUCGACCAGGAAAGAAUGAUACUGUAGAGUACAGUUCUGGAACAAUUGUAAAACUGUCUUGUCUCAAAGGUCAGCUAAACUUUCAAAAUCCCAAUUCAACUGCUAAAUGUGUAAAAGGUCGCUGGAAACCGAUAAAGCCAACGUGCAUAACAAAACCCUGUACCAUUCCUACGGCAGACAAUGGUAAUUAUUUUGCUAUAAAUCCGAAAAGUCCUAAGGAAAUCAUCGGAUCACUAAAACCAUUUGAGGAUGUGGAGAAUGGACAAAGAGUUGUUUUCCGAUGUUCACCUGGUUUUAAUAUACAGGGAUCGCACAAUUUGGGUUGCAAUGACGGUGAAUGGGAUGCACCAGCUUUUCCAGAAUGCAUGGCUGCCCCAUGUAUUCUACCACAGCUUUCACAUGCUGCUUAUUUGGGUGGCUAUAGAGCAGAACUAACAAUCGCAAACGGCAGUUCCGUGUCAGUGCAAUGUGAGAAUAGUCCAGUAAGUUCAAUUGUUCAAAUGGAAUGCAUUCUUGGACAAUUAAAUCCACCAACCGUCAAUUGUCAAACGGGCUCAAGAAAAUCCCGUGAAGAAUUUUCCGGUACAAAUACUUUGGAAAAGACCGAAGAGGAAUCUGAAGAAGGAAGUGAAGAAGAGACCAGUAGUGAAGAAGAAGGAAAAACUGAUUGUGGUCCACCAACAAGGAUGGAUGCAGCUUUAGUCUAUAAAAAUAGUGAAGAACUUGAUAGCGCUAAAGUCACUUAUCCAACUGGAACGGAAAUUACGUUCAAUUGUAUUGCAAGUGUUCCUGGAGAAAGAAGUACAUGGAAAAUUAUUUGUGAGGAUGGCGUUUGGAUUGGAAGGGCACUAAAUUGCUUAAAUACUUCAUGCAUGUUUCACAACAAUGAACCAAAUGUUGUAAGCUUCUACAAUGACUUGGAAAUACGCGAGGAAACAGUUGAAUUUCCACCUGGAGCAACAAUUAUUUCUCGAUGUGUUGAUAUUGGUAAAUUUGUGCUUGUGGGAAGCAAUGUGCGAAGCUGUAUUCACUCCGAGUGGAAUGCAACCAAACCAAUUUGCUAUGGCUUAAAUCAGGAGAAUGAUUAUGCCAUGGAAAAAUCACCUACUAUAUUAUUCCGACACCAAAAUGGUCCCAUUGCUCAGAGCAAUGAUGGCAAGUUGAUUGUAUAUCCCGGAACUACAUUACAUAUGGAAUGUCUGUGGAUGAGACGCUUUGGCAAUCCUAAGUGGAAUGUUAGCCAUGAAUUCAGAAAAUAUCCAGAAGGAUGGGUCACAGAUGAAAAUCGUGAUCCGCAACUUGAAUACAGAUUGAGUAUUUUUAAUGCUGUCGAAGAGGAUUCUGGAAUUUAUUCGUGUCAAACACCAGCCAGACAUGAGCACGCCGUAGAGGUUGUAGUUAAGACAAUAAAUUGUCCAGAGAUUCCGACAAGACGUGGUCUGAUAAUGAGUACCACAGACACAAAACUGAGUACAAAAGUCGUAUUUUCGUGCGCUAAUGGUAAUUCAUUGAUUGGCGCAUCGGAAAUCAUAUGCUUGCCAAGCUCAAACUGGAGUGCUCCCCUACCAGUCUGUGAGAGUAAGAUUCAUAAUCCUAACGAAAAAUCCGAUAAUCGGAAACAUGACCAAGGAUUUUUAUCUAAAGGUGUCGAAUGUGGUGAUAUUCCACUGUUGACAUCUUCCAACGGAACUGUACCACGCGUGGCCGUUUUAUCUCGUGAGGUAGGCGGCCGUGCAUCAUUUUCCUGCCCCUCCGGUUAUGGUUUACGCGGUUCUUCGGAAUCCGUGUGCUUACCAUCUGGAGAAUGGGCUCAACCUUUUCCCACGUGUGUAGAUCUAGAAGUUCAAUGCGAUAACCCGGGAGCCCCCCAGAAUGGUUAUGCACAGGGUUCGGCGCCAUAUAGGGCCGGUGAUGUUGUUCAAUUUAAUUGUAAUCCUGAAUAUAUGAUGCAAGGACAGCCCAUAAUUGCAUGCCAAGACAAUGGACGGUGGUCCGGUGGAUUGCCAAAAUGUGUACAAGCGUGCUCAUAUCCAGGAACGGCAAUCAGUGGACGGAUGUCAUCAGUGAAAUUUUAUUAUGCCAUUGGUGAGAGUAUCACUUUCACAUGUGAUUCAGGAUUAAUUCUGCGCGGUGCAAAAAUGCUAAAAUGCCUUAGAAAUGGAAAGUGGUCUAAUGCAAUACCCACUUGUGUGAAUGCAGAGGCUACGGAAGAUACACCUGACAGGCAAUUGACUAAAUCUGGGCGUAGUUCAAAGUCCAAUUAAGGAGUGAAAUAUUUUUAUUAGAAAAGAUAUAUUUGAUGACAAACUCUACGCAAAUUCACAUAUUUCUUCAUAUUUUGUGAAAGAGUUUCCUAUAAGGUAAAAGUGUUAGAAAUUUCUAAUUCUCCUUUGUCUUUCGACAGUUAGUUUUUUUUUCAUUCUAAUGAUGAUGAAAAGCAUCACUAUUAAAUCACUAUCAUGCCUCAUAUUAAAGUUACAUACUGACUGUAGAAAAUUCAAUCAUUCGCUUCACUAUGCGUGAUGUUAGAGCAACAUUUCAUUGCUUUACUUCUUUGCAUUAAUCUUUUUUCGUAGGCCAAUGAUGAUCAAAGAGUAAAUAGAAAAUUCUUUACUAAUCUAUGUGAUACAACAAGAUUUCAAUGACAUAUCUCUUUCGGACAACUGAAACUUAUAUCAAAGUCUUAAUAUUGAAGAUGUAUCAUGUUGAAUAGUAAUAAUUGUGUAAUUUUGCAGUGAUUCUUGCACACAUUUCAGAAUUCUUCCAUAGUUUAUAAUGUUGAAAACAGAUAAAUGAUGUAAAAGUUAUGAUGAAUUGAGAAAAUAGUCCUUGAAUAUAUCAUGAGUUUGUAAUAA